CUGAAGAAAAAGCCGAUGCAUGUGGCAAUGCUUGGAAUCGCUUACGUUUAAAAACUACAUUUACCACAAUGCUUUGCUUCGUAUGCAGGAAGAACGUCUAUUCAGACUCCCACGGAUCCAAGUUAGGAGCUUUCAGCUGCCAGCUUUGGCCCUUCAUUGAGCUGCAGUUGCUCCUAAACAGACAGAUGGAGGGAGGGAGGGAGAAGAAAGGCGAAGUCUUUUGUGCAUCCCCUCCCCCCCACUCAAGCAAAGGGGAAAUGUCCGUGCCCAAAGGAGGUAGGAGGAAGAAUCCCAGGCUCAAGAUUUCCAAGGAGGUGUUUGAUCAGCCCCCGUUAGCAGCGUCACCUCCACGAGACCUGGACUCUAAAGCCUGUGUCACUAUUGGGGACAAGAACUUUGUUGUGAAGGCGGAUGACCUGGAGCAGAUUUGCGAGUUGGGUCGGGGGGCCUAUGGCGUAGUGGACAAGAUGAGACACGUCCCCAGUGGCCUGAUCAUGGCUGUGAAGAGAAUACGGGCCACGGUGAACACACAGGAACAGAAGCGCCUGCUGAUGGAUCUGGACAUCUCCAUGAGGACAGUAGACUGCUUUUUCACGGUGACUUUCUAUGGAGCACUCUUCAGAGAGGGCGAUGUGUGGAUCUGCAUGGAGCUUAUGGACACAUCUCUGGACAAGUUCUACAAGCAGGUGAUCGACAGGGGCCUGACCAUCCCAGAGGAUAUCCUGGGCAAGAUCACGGUAUCUAUUGUAAAGGCACUGGAACAUCUGCACCGAAAUCUAUCCGUGAUCCACCGAGAUGUGAAACCUUCCAAUAUUCUCAUCAACACUCAGGGCCAAGUGAAAAUGUGUGACUUUGGGAUCAGCGGCUACCUGGUAGACUCUGUCGCAAAGACCAUGGACGCUGGGUGCAAGCCGUACAUGGCUCCUGAGAGAAUUAACCCAGAACUGAACCAAAAGGGCUACAAUGUCAAGUCUGAUAUCUGGAGUUUAGGCAUCACAAUGAUCGAGCUAGCCAUCCUGCGUUUCCCCUAUGACUCAUGGGGCACACCCUUCCAGCAGCUCAAGCAGGUGGUGGAGGAACCGUCACCCCAGCUGCCCGCCGAGUGCUUUUCUCCUGAGUUUGUGGACUUCACGUCUCAAUGUUUGAAGAAGAACUCGAAAGAGAGGCCAGCUUACACCGAGCUCAUGCAACAUCCAUUUUUCACACUUCACGACUCAAAAGAGACAGAUGUAUCCAGCUUCGUCAAGGUUGUUCUUGGUAACUGAAAGUGACAGUCCCUGACUUCCCAUUGGACCCCUGCCAGGCUGGACAACUAUGCCAAUGCUUCGAUGCACCUGGGCCCUCGGGCACUGCCCAAAUAACUUCUGAGGGAUUGGGCACUAUGCCAACUCACCAGUAUUCUGGUUGUCAGGCAUUACCCAUGUGACCUUUGAAAUAUUGGGCACCUCUGCCAGUCCACCAAUUAGCAAACACUUGGGAGUUCUGCAGGAUUAGUGGGGUAAUACUUCUUUGGACACCUACUCUUCACUCGCUGCUUGGUAUUCAGGGUCCCCGUAUUGCCAACCGAUGAGUAUUGAAUCAUGAACAAGAUGGAGGGCUUACAAAAGGGAUGGGGGCUUCCUUUCUGGAAACUAGGUGUUACUAUGAUAACCCUGUCGCCCAGCCUGGUUGGAUUUGUACCCUCUAAUAGUAAUUCCAGUUUCAGUUGGCCUUCAUGCAGUGAGUUUGCCACUAAACCACUAAAGGGAUCAGUAAUCAGACCUACUUCAUGCAAAGAAGAUUAACAUUUGAAAUAUUGUGAGUGAGUGAGUGAGUGAGGCACAGUGACGCACAGUGGGUAGCCUGAUAGCUUCAUGGUAUAGCUGGGCUUUGAAUGUUCUCUGCUAUGUGUGUGCGUGUGGAUGCCCUGUGUCCCCUGCAGGGUCUCCCCUCGCAUGCACCCUCUUUUUCCUAUGGUAAGUUCCACCUCACCAUAACCUUGUACUGGAUAAGCCACAGUUGAAUGUGGGUUCAUAAACAUAUAUUCUCCUGGGGAAAAAGCAUAAACACUAGUGCAUGUAUGCUUAUCAUUACUUUAUAAUUUGUCCAUAUAUGGGCAGAGUCAUGUGAUAGAACUGAUUCCCAACACAGAAAUACUGUUCAGAUAAGCGUCUGUUUGGACAGACCAAGUCAGUCAUGAGCAGAGAGAGGAUUCAGGCGGCCAUCUGCACACAUGCCAUGUGAAAUGUCAAAAGGGCUGGUCCAUGAAUGUGAUGCAGAAGGAACCCGUCCAACUUGUGGAUCAUCCACAGAGCCUGAAAUGACUCGACUGCACCUCAGUCCCCAUGCUGAUUACAUACAGUACUAGAGGUGCACUUAUUGCAAUGUUCUUGGCCAAUUCUGAUUUCUGAUGUUUUUGCAAGUUUGACCUGCUGAUCGCGAUUUUCUUUCUAAGAAUUACAAUUGGCAUCAUAUACAAACAAAAAUCAACUUUUCUUCAAUACAAAAUUUUAUUUUCAUAAUAAAAUAAAUUGUUAAAUUUUACAAUUUCCAACAAACUGCAAGUUACAGAUCUUCUCUCACUUAAACAAGUCUGGAAACGAGAUAUAAAUAACAGUUAACUGAAAAUGAGCUGCUGUACCCCCCAAUUUUAUCUGACACAUUUUACUUUAGCAAACAAGAGCAGGUGCAACAGAUUUAAAUAAAACAGAUGUCAUUUACUUAAAUAAUUUUCCAGUAUGUUGUAAUUCACCGGAUAAUUGACCUUUUUCUCUUUAUUACUCGUCUUACAGUCCAUAGGUUACAAACCUCAAAAUAAAACUGAAGAGUGCUAUACUUUUCCAAAUAAUAAUAGAUGCAGGGUAAUAUUAUAAUACCAACAUCGCAUGUUAUGCGCAUACAAUUCUUACAUCGCUAGUAAGCUAGAUUAAG